UGUUCAUGAAAGUCUAUAGGCAGCACAUACUACCUUCUGUCCUCAACAGGAAGUAGCAGUCCAUGACACAUGGGACAUCCCGACAAUGCAAAGGUUAUGCCUUUUCAGGCCCUUGUUCUCAUACUGGUAUGUUUUUGUUCAGAGUUUUCCACUUCCACAGACAUCAUUACAUCCACACAAUCCAUCAAAGACUCUGAAACUAUCGUCUCCAUUGGCCAGAUCUUCAAGCUGGGAUUCUUUACUCCUGUGAAUUCUACAAAUCGUUAUGUUGGUAUCUUGUACAACGUCUCUGUAGUGACUCCGGUAUGGGUAGCUAAUAGAAACAAGCCACUAAAUGAUUCUUCCGGUAUUGUGACAAUAUCGGAGGACGGUAAUCUUGUAAUCUUGAAUGGACAGAAGGAGAUCAUUUGGUCAUCAAAUGUUUCAAAUCCGGCGGCAAAUUCAAGUGCACAGCUUUUGGAUACCGGGAGCCUAGUCUUGCGAGACAAUUCCGGUGAACGGAUCAUAUGGGAAAGUUUUCAAAAGCCUUCAGACUCAUUCUUGCAGAAGAUGAGAAUUGGUACUGAUGCAAAGACAGGAGAGAGUACUCGGCUAACAUCAUGGAAAAGUCCUUCGGAUCCAACCACUGGAACCUUCUCCUUUGGAGUCGAACCUCUGAAGAUCCCACAAGCUUUUGUUUGGAAUGGUAGCCAUCCAUAUUGGCGUAGUGGUCCUUGGAAUGGUCAGUUUUUUAUUGGAGUUCCAACGAUGGAGUCUUCAUAUCUCUCUGGAUUUACUCUUGUAGAUGACAAAGAAGGAACCGUUUCUCUAUCUUAUACCUAUUCAACUGAUCCGUCCUAUUUAUUAUACCUGCUCUUGAAUUCUGAAGGAGAUCUACAGCAGAAGAAUUGGUUGUUUAGUGGAAAGGAAGAGUGGGAAGUGGCAUGGUCGGCUAUAGAACAUGAGUGUGAUGUUUAUGGCAAGUGUGGACCAUUUGGAAGCUGUAAUUCACUGGAGUCACCAAUUUGUACCUGUUUAAGGGGAUUUGGGCCAAAACAUAUGGAUGAAUGGAGUCAAGGAAAUUGGUCUAGUGGAUGCAUAAGAAAGACAUCAUUGCAAUGUGAACGAAACAAAACUGUCAAUGAAGAGGGCAAAGUGGAUGGAUUUUUGAAGCUUCAGGCCAUGAAAGUGCCAGACUUAGCGGAAUUGCCAUCUGCUACGGAAGACGAUUGUGGAAGCCUAUGCUUGAAUAUUUGUUCAUGUAUAGCUUAUUCAUAUUACACAGGCAUUGGAUGUAUGCAAUGGAGUGGAAGUCUACUGGACAUUCAGAAACUCCCCAGAGGUGGGGUGGAUCUUUACAUUCGAGUGGCAUAUUCAGAGCUUGGUAAUACAAUUUGUCUUCUCUAUCAUCUUGUAGUGAAUGAUGCUCCUAUACUUAUCCUCUUUUUCUCUGUGUUUAAUGAAUAUGUGGAACUGUGUUUUUUUGACAACUGA